AUGGCUGACAUGAACUCCAUUUUCGAAUCUCUGCAGCCGAUAGUGGAACAACUGAAGGACAUGCAACCCUUUCUUCCGACAUAUGCGCAUCUCAUCGUAUCCGCCCUUAUACCGAUCUAUACAGGAGCUCAUGCUUCUUUAUCGCGUCCCUCAUCAGCGGCCAAAGCAGAGAAAAAGUCCAAAGCCGAGACUGAUUCCGAAGACGAGGAGGAGGAUGAGGGAAAGGACACAGGCAGCAAGAUGGAAGGACUGGAGCCCUCAGAUGCUCUGAUGUUCCCGUUGAUGKCAGGCUUGACUCUGGGUAGCCUAUACUUGAUCAUCAAGUGGCUGAAAGACCCCAGCAUUCUGAACAAGAUUCUGAGCUUCUACUUUUCGCAAAUGGGCCUUUUCUUUGCUGUCGCAGCCAUCGUGCACGAGAAAAGCUCAGAUACCGCAAGCCCCAUCGAACGGACAUCUCCCCUGCCAGGCUUUUUCGGCGCCAUUCCACUACCUGUCACGAUUCGAAACUCAUUCUGGGGUCUGCGUGCCGUCGCAUAUCAAAAGGUACACCUUCGAAUUAAAGCACUAAAUUCCUUUAAAGCUAAGGUGCGAUUCGAUAUGCUGGAUGUUACUGCAGCCGUUACUGCUCUGAUUGCCGUCACUUAUUUCGCCUUUUUCGCGAAGCCAUGGUGGUUGACAAACCUGUUAGGUUUCAGCUUCUGCUAUGGCUCGCUACAAGUUAUAUCGCCAUCAACAUUUACAACGGGCUCCUUGAUCUUAGCAUCACUGUUUUUCUACGAUAUUUACUUUGUCUUCUUCACCCCACUGAUGGUGACUGUGGCUACGAAGCUCGAUGUUCCUAUUAAAAUGGUGUUUCCUCGUCCGACCGGCCCUAAUGAAGACCCCAACGAGUUAUCUCUUGCUAUGCUAGGACUUGGUGAUAUUGUGGUUCCCGGUAUGAUGAUUGGCCUCGCUUUGAGGUUCGAUCUUUUCUUGUACUACAAGUACAAGAGCAUGAUGUUGUCGAAAAAGGAGUCUUCAGUAGAAGGUACUGAAAAGGCGAUCUAUCAGCGAGCAACCGGUGGAUGGGGAGAGCGAUUCUGGACACGCUCGAAUUCUUCGUCUUUUCCCAAACCGUACUUUUACGCCAGCAUUGUCGGCUAUAUCAGCGGCAUGGUAGCCACCUUGGUUGCCAUGCAAUUUUCUCAGCACGCCCAGCCCGCACUUCUCUACCUAGUACCUGGUGUCCUCAUUUUCCUGUGGAGCACUGCUUACUUCAGGAAUGAGCUCGACUCUAUGUGGUCGUUCUCAGAUAUGAUGGAGGACGAAGAUCCCAAGGAGAAUACCGAGGAAGACAAAGAAAAAGAGAGAAAGAAGACUACCACCAAAGCUGGACUCUUCUCCCGCAUCUGGUCAGGGGACCUGAAGCCUCAACUUGAUAAUGUCGAAGUCAAGAGAGACGACGAACAGGCGACAGAAAAGUCACUUGUUGAAAAGCCGUCUAGUAGCGAGGAGACGCCCGAGGGUUCACCAGAUGAUUCUGUUCCUCCAAAGACAGACGAGGAAGACGAGAAGUGUUUGUUCUCUAUGUCUAUCUCAGUGCCACGGCAAAAGGCAUAA